GAAACACUAACAGGAACAAAGUUAAGAGUCGCUGCUUUCUCCACAUGCACUAAUCUUUACAUUUUUAAACCAGACAGCUUCUUUUUUUCUUUUUAACUCUGUAGCCGCUGGAUUUCGACCCAAAAAAAGCGUACAAGUUUGGGAUUGCGUGCCAUACUUGCUGUGGAUGGGCUUUGGAAGUUUUCUCCUGAAUUAAAUAACGAGGAAAAUAUAUGUUUCAAGUAGCUAAAAUGGCUUAAAUCAUCUCUAGGAAGGUUAUUGCUCACAUUUUCCAUGACUCCACGUCUCACUUUUUGGACUUAUUCGGGCGGUUUGGAUUAAAUUUGAGGCAGGCAGACUGGUGACAGCAGAGAGAGGUGACGGAGAAUAAAGUCCCAGAUUGACUUGCUACCAUGGCGUCAUUUGGCGACACGGCCGAGGGCGGAGCUAACGAGGAGUUCAGCGACAUCAUUAAGUCCAGAUCAGAUGAACAUGACUUGGUGCAGAAGAAAACAUUCACAAAGUGGAUAAAUGCACAAUUCUCAAAGGCGGGUAAGGUGGCCAUCAAGGAUAUGUUCUCUGACCUGAGGGAUGGGAGGAAGCUGCUGGACCUGCUGGAGGGCCUCACUGGAACCGCCCUGACCAAAGAGCGAGGCUCCACCAGAGUGCACUCUCUCAAUAACGUCAACAAGGUGCUUCAAGUUCUGCGCCAAAAGAAUGUGGAUCUCGUAAACAUUGGCGGGACAGACAUUGUGGAUGGAAAUCACAAACUUACUUUGGGCCUCAUCUGGAGUAUUAUUCUUCACUGGCAGGUGAAAGACAUCAUGAAGGACGUCAUGUCCAACUUGCAGCAGACCAACAGCGAGAAGAUUUUGCUAAGCUGGGUGCGCCAGUGCACGCGCUCUUACCCGGAGGUCAACGUGUUGAACUUCACCACCAGCUGGGCUGACGGCUUGGCUUUCAACGGCAUCCUGCACCACUUCAGGCCGAAUGCAUUCAGUUGGAAUCGUGUGGUGCAAAUGAGCCCCGUGGAGCGCCUGGAACAUGCCUUCACUGUAGCCAAAGAUCAACUGGCUAUUGAGAGGCUACUGGAUCCUGAAGACGUGGCAGUCCACUCUCCAGAUAAGAAGUCCAUUAUCUUGUACGUGACGUCGCUGUUCGCCGUGCUCCCCAAAGACAUCAGCAUGGAUUCUAUCCGGGAGGUUGACACACUGCCGCGCAAAUUUAAAGUGGAGGCUGAGGAAUCGGCUCCGGGCCUCGGUGCACAGAAUGUGAAACUGGGGGGAGCAGGCAACAGUCCGCGGCUAGAAACCCCCAGCAACUUAACGGAGAUGGAUGUGGAAAUGGAGUGCGGCAUGCUGGAGGCAGAUUUGGAUAGCUACCAGACAACCCUGGAGGAGGUUCUGACCUGGCUUCUAUCGGCCGAGGAUGCCCUGCAGGUCCAGGACGAGGUUUCGGAGGACGUGGAGGAAGUCAAAGAGCAAUUUCACACGCAUGAGGCUUUCAUGAUGGAGCUGACGGCCCACCAGAGCAGCGUGGGCAAUGUGCUGCAAGCCGGCAAUCAACUCAUCGCCCAAGGCAGCCUGUCCGAGGAGGUGGAAGAUGAAAUACGGGAGCAGAUGAGCCUCCUAAAUUCCCGGUGGGAGAGCCUUCGUGUCGCCAGCAUGGACCGCCAAGCCAGACUUCAUGAAGUCCUAAUGGAGCGUCAGCAGCAGCAGUUGCAGCAGCUUUCUGAUUGGCUGACUCGCACGGAAGACAGAAUCCGAAAGAUCGAGACAGAAUCACCGGCUAAAGAUAUAGACGACUACAAGGAACGUAUCGAGCAGCAUAAAGAGCUUCAGAAUGACCUUGAGGCGGAGCAGGUGAAAGUUAACUCUCUCACACACAUGGUGGUUGUGGUGGAUGAGAACAGCGGUGAGAGCGCCACGGCUGCCCUGGAGGAGCAACUACAAUCGUUGGGGGAGCGCUGGGCGGCUGUGUGUCGUUGGACGGAGGAGAGGUGGAACAAGCUGCAGGAGAUCUUCAUGGUGUGGCAGCAGCUUGUGUCGGAUCAGGGUUUGUUUCGAGCAUGGUUGGAAGAAAAAGAAAAGGCCUUGGGUAAAGUGCAGACCAGCAAUUUUAAGGACCACAGUGAAAUGAACACAAAUGUGCGGCAACUAGCUAUUCUCAAGGAAGACAUGGAGAAGAAGAAAAGGACGCUAGACCAACUUUCUGAUGCAGGCCAGGAUGUGACGUCAUUGCUGAGGAGCGCAGAGGCUGGUGCUAAUAUUGAGGCGGACACUGAAGAUUUGGCCCAUAGAUGGGACAACUUGGUGCAGCAGCUGGAGGACUGCUCCUUCCAAGUGAUGGAAGCUGUCACCGACGCUGGGGUGACUCCAAUGGACAAACAUGUCGUUAUGAAGACCGCUGCGGCUGCUUCGACCCACGACCAAGACUUGCCCCCUCCUGCUCCUCCCAAAAAACGUCUGGUAGAGACAGACAAAGAAGUCAGGAAAGUGUUUGAAAAUAAACUCUCUGAACUUUUGAACUGGAUCCAAAAAUGGAAAGCAUCUAAUCAGGCUUUUGCAUCCACACACCCCAACUCUACAAUAGAUACUCAAGGCCUGCAGGAGAAGUUACAGGCUCACGAGCUGGAACUGAAAGCAAAGGAGCCUGCAAUCAGUCAAGUGAUCCAGGAAGGUCGAGGCUUGAUGGACCAGUUAGAGAGAGAAGGAGUCCAUGUGGACUCUGUAAGGGCGGACGUAGACCUCAUCCAAAACGAAUGGGACGCGUGUACGAGGGAGCUGCAGGCAACUCGCGACCGUGUAUACAACCAGACCCGCUUCACUGACUUGACUGCACAGCUGGCCGGUCUAGACAAGGUCCUGACUGAACUGGAUCAAUGGUUAGAUUCUACUUCUGCUGUGGAAAAAUGUGGCAACGCCGAACUCAGUAGCUUAAGUAAAGAAUGUCAGUCCCGACUGGUGCAGGUUGCCCCAUUAAACACGCAGUUGGAGAAGAUUUGUGCGAAUGUGGCAUUGUUAGAAAGCAUGCCUUCUUUAAAAGACAACACAGUGGUGGUGUCAUCACAUCACGCUUCCACCUUACAGCGACUACACAGCAGACAGCAAGAGGUCAACCAAGUUUUGGGGGCCAACAAGGCUCGAUCUCUCCUGCUGGAGGUGCUAGAGGCCCGGCUGGCGAAGUUGAGAGACGGGAUCAAUGACACUCUUACCACUGAGGCGGCAGUGGAGCGAGCACAGGGCUUGUGUCUGGAGAUAGAACAAACACAGCAAGCAUCCGAUCCUGCAGAACAACAAAGAUGGAGUCAACUGUCCACCAAGACCCACGAGGAGCUGGCCACGCUCAAUCGCAUCCUGGCGAGCAUGAAAGACCAUCAGGUGAAGUUAGCGGAGCUAGAACGUUGGUUGGAGGUGGUUCAAGGACUUUUGUCUCGGGACACUAUGAGGUCGAGCAGCACGGAGAGUCUACAGGAUGAGCUGAACCGUUGCAAGGAGCAUGUGAAUGAGAGGGAGUUAAUGGAGAGUUCGUUGAAGCAGAUGGACGAGAACGUAAACGCUGUUCAGGCGGCUGCAGUACCAGGAUUAGCCAAGUGGGGGCAGGAUCUGGCGGCAGAUUUGCGAAGUCGAUUUGACACGCUUUUGAAACAGCUGCUGAGCCGCCAGAAGCGUUUGUCAGAGAGUCAAGAGAAGCAGGUGAACCUAAAGAAAGACUUGGCAGAGAUGCAGGAAUGGAUGGCUCAAGUGGAUGAGGAGUUUCUGAUGAGAGACUUUGAGUACAAGAGCCCAGAGGAGCUUGAGUCAGCGCUGGAAGAAAUGAAGAGGGGUCAAGAGGAUGUGCUACAGAAAGAAGUGAAAGUAAAGAUACUGAAGGACAGCAUCAAUAUGUUGGUGUCCAAAACGCCACCAUCCGAUGGAGGCAGCGGGCUGACAACACAACUUGAGGGCGUUUUGGCUAACUAUCACAAGCUCUGUGACCGCUUUAAGAGCAAAUGUCACACCCUGGAGGAGAUUUGGUCCUGUUGGAUGGAGCUUCUCCAGUACUUGGACAUGGAACAGAGUUGGCUCAACACUUUAGAGGAGAAGGUCAAAGCUAUUGAGAAUCUACCAGAAAGCACAGAGGCUGUUAAUGAAGCUCUGGAGUCUCUGGAGAGCGCGCUCCGCCACCCGGGGGAGAACCGGACACAAAUCAGAGAGCUGGGUCAGACGCUGAUAGACGGCGGUAUCCUGGACGAGCUCAUUAGCGAAAAACUCGAGGCCUUCAAUUCCCGCUACGAUCAACUCAACAAACAGGCUGUUAAGAAGCAGAUGGGCCUGGAGCAGCAGCAGCAGACGUUAAAGGAGAACGACCAAGCUCUUCAAGCCCUCCAAGAGUCUCUCUGUCAGCUGGACCACACACUUACCUCCUACCUGACUGACCGCCUCGACGCCUUCCAGCUUCCACAGGAGGCACAGACUAUAGGGGCGGAAAUCGCCACCCACGAAGUCACGGUGGAGGAGAUGCGGCGGGGGAACGUUGCCAACUUGCCUCCGCCAGCAGCUGAUGGCAAGGCUGCCAAAGGAGGCACCAUGCUGGAGCAGCUUCAGAGAAAACUGAGGGAGAUUUCCACCAAGUACCAGCUUUUCCAGAAGCCUGCUAACUUUGAGCAGCGCAUGCUGGACUGUAAGAGGAUUCUAGAUGGCGCAAAGGCGGAGCUGAGCAUUCUGGAUGUCAGGGAUUUAGAGCCGCAGACAAUCCAGGCCCACCUGAAUGGCUGCAUGAAACUCUACAAGUUGCUAAGUGAGGUGAAGCUAGAGGUGGAGACGGUAAUAAAAACAGGUCGUCAGAUAGUGCAGAAACAGCAGACGGAGAACCCCAAGGCCAUGGACGAACAGCUGACAGCUCUCAAACUACUUUACAAUGACCUGGGGGCUCAGGUUACAGAGGGCAAGCAGGACCUGGAGAAAACCCUGUCGUUGUCUCAGAAGUUCUGCAAAGAGAGCGCCGCCCUACAGGAGUGGCUAACUAUUAGCGAGGCUCAGCUCCAACAGAAGAACAGCAGUGGGGACAUGCCAGCAGAUAUUGAUGCAGAGGUCGGCUGGGCUAAUGGCCUUUUAAAGGAGUCGGAGCGUCGUCAGCAGGAUCUGUCCAGCCUGAUGGAGACCAGUGCUGGCCUGCAGACUCUAGUGGAGGGCAGCGAGGUGCAGCUGGAGGAAAAAGUCUCUGGCCUCAAUGAGUCAUUGGGCCAAGUGCACACAUUGAUCGAAGACUGGCUCAGUGCUGUGCUGAGUCACCAGAACGAGGUUGAAAUAUUUGACGAGAACCUGGCUCAUAUCAGCACUUGGCUCUACCAGACUCAGAUCCACCUGGAUGAGGCAGAGCGAGUUGAGCCACCAGAGCGGGAAAAAGUGGUCAAGAACAUGCUGGAGGAGCUGGAGGACAUUGGUCUGCGUGUGGACAACGUGAGGGACCAGGCUGUCAUCCUGAUGACCAGCAGGGGGCCUGCCUGCCGGGAUGUGGUGGAGCCCAAACUGGCUGAGCUCAACCGCAACUUUGACAAAGUGUCACGGCACAUCAAAACGGCCAAGAUGGUGAGCAAUUUGGAGUCAAGAGGUGUUGAUGUGAACGAGGAAGUGCCCCAGCAGAUCCUUUAUAAUUCGGAGACCAAGAUAGAGACUGCUGAUGAUCUGCCCCCCAGUGAGGUGCAGGUGUUCCAGGUCAAGCUCCAGAACACACUCCGGGCCCUGCAGCGGGACCACCAGGACCCUGCAAUCAACCCGGAUGAUGACAAGAUGGACGAGGAGAAAGCCAGCGUGGAAGAACUGCUGCGAAGAGGAGAAGAUCUGCUGCAGCAAACUUCAGACGAGGUCCAGAGGGAGGAAUUGAGGCUCCUGCUGCUCCGGCUUCGGAACCAGUACUCCGCUCACAGGGAGUUAAGACUGCUAAGAAGCAGGCAUCUAGAAGCAGAGUCGUCCCACACUAUCACACAGCAGAUAGAAGACGCCUCGGUAGAGGACAUGCAGUCGGGAGUGGACAGCAGCCGCGCUACCUCACACAGCCCAUCCAGCUACUUGCUGGACAUCAACAAAGUGCUGCUCGCCAUGGCCGACAAUGAGUUGCUGCUCAACUCGUCCGAGCUCAGCAGCGGGCUCUAUGAAGACUUCUCCAGCCAGGAAGACACACUCAGGACCAUCAGUGAAAACCUGGAGCGUAUCAGAGAGCAGGUGACCGGCAUCCAAGAGCGCCACCCGGACGUCAUCCCGGGUGCUUCGCCCGCAGAGGUCUCUCAGGUGGAAGACGGUCUCACACAGCUGAACGCCGAAUGGGACCGCCUUAACCGCAUGUACAACCAACGUAAAGGGAGCUUUGACCGCGCUGUCGAGGAAUGGAGGCAGUUCCACUGUGACAUGAAUGACCUGAGCCAGUGGCUGGCUGACACCGAGAGACUGCUGCUCUCUGAUGGACCCGAGGGACAGUUGGACCUGGAUUCUUUGCGGCACCACCAAGCGGAGCUAGAGGAAGGCCUGUCAAGCCAACAACCCGUCCUAACCGGAUUAUCCCGCACCGGAGAGCGCAUCAUCGGCCAGUUGUCCUCCCCAGAUGGCCCUCUCCUGGAAGAGAAGCUUCACACCCUGAGUCAGCGAUGGAGGGCUGUCAACCGCAAGGUUCUUGACCGGCAGCGCAGGCUGGCGGGAGGAGAUCCGGCCCUGACAGACCUGGUGAGAAGAAGCGAGGAUUUGGCUUUAUGGCUGCGGCAGGCAGAAGACGCCCUCGGCACCCUUCCUGUUACCUCCACGGACCAAAACCUCAAAGAACUUAAGGCGUUAGCAAUGGAGAUGGACGCACACAAUGAACAUCUGGGUUGGUUGAACAAGCACGCCCCUCAGAUCCUCGCCAGUUCUACUGUGAGCCCGCAGAGCAGGGAGCAGCACGUCACCAAGCUUCGAGCCAUCAACCUUAAUUGGAGCAAGGUAACGCAUGAGUUGUUGGACCAAGUGGGCCAAGUGGAGGGUAACCUGCAGAGUCAUGCACACUUCAAGGAUAAAAUGAGUAGAUUGACCGACUGGGUGGUCAUCACGCACCAGACCAUCGAAAACAGAGGCCUGAGUCCUGGUCAAGCUCAGGCUUUGGAGAUCUCAAUGAAAGACCGAAAGGCCGACCUAGAAGACCUGUUGGCCCACUCCAUUGAGCUACAGCGACGACAGCAGCUGUCGCCUCAUGAAAAGAGUAAGGUGGAGCAGCUGGCGGGCGACUGGAAGGUCCUGGAUUGUCGGCUGAGGGAGUCUCUCCAAGUGCAUGUCUCUCCGUGGAUGCAGCGCCAAUCCGGUGUCCAGCGCCAGCAGCUUGUGUCUGCGGUGCCCUCGGCUGUCCAGAUGGCCAGCCUGGUGAGCGAGGACCCGCAUCACCAGACCCCGCAUACGCCGGACUCUGUGGCCCCUACCGACCUGAACGAGACGGCAACAGAACUGGCGGACUGGCUGGUCCUCAUCACCCAGAUGCUCAAGUCCAACAUCGUCACAGUGGGGGACACAGAGGAGAUCCGGACCACCAUAGGACGCCUUCAGGUGACAAAAAGCGACCUGGAGCAGCGGCAUCCUCAACUGGAAGACAUUUUCACCCUGGCACAGAACAUCAAAAACAAGACGUCUAACUUGGAUGUGCGCACGUCCAUAACUGAGAAAUUGGAGAGGGUGCGAAACCAGUGGGACAACACUCAGCAUGGCGUGGAGGCGCGACUCCUGCAGCUGGACAACAUGAUUGGCCACAGCGACCAGUGGGAGGCCCACAGGAGGGAGGUACAGGCUCUGAUUGGACACAAGGACGGAUGGUUCCACAGCCUGCUCCAACAGUCGACAGACCCUCUGACCAAACAACUGGCUGACAACAAGGCUUUCCUGCUAGAGAUGAGUCGCGGCCAGGCUACAUUAGCGGCUUUCAACGAGCUGUCCAACCACCUUCUACACGAGUAUUCCACAGACGACACCAGGAGGGUCAAAGAGGUCACCGACGCGCACAACGGCGCCUGGAACAGCAUCAGUAAUAGGGCAAAUGACCGGCAUACUCACUUGGACAGUGAGCUGAAGAACCUGCAAAUGUCCCUCAAAGAGCUGGAGGCCUUCCUCAAGUGGCUCCAGGAGGCAGAGACUACUGUCAACGUGCUGGCCGACGCCUCUCAGAGAGAAAACCUGUCGCAGGACUCCGUCAGCGUGAAGGCGCUCAAACAACAGCUAGAGGACAUCCAGGCUGAGAUCGACGCCCACAAUGACAUCUACAAGAGCGUGGACGGAAACAAGUCCAAGAUGGUCAAAUCGCUGGGGAGCUCGGAGGAAGCGGUGUUUCUUCAGCACAGGCUGGAUGACAUGAACCACCGCUGGAGCGACCUCAAGGCCAAGUCGGCCAACAUACGAGCCCACCUAGAAGCAAGUGCCGAGCGCUGGUCUCGUCUGCUGGGCCUCUUGGAGGAGCUUUGGAGGUGGAUCUGCAUGAAGGACGAGGAGCUGACCAAGCAGAUGCCCAUUGGUGGAGACGUGCCCACCCUCUUGCAGCAGCAGAAUCACUGCACGACAUUACAGACUGAGCUGAAGGAACGCGAGCAGCUGGUGAUGAGCACGUUAGAACAAGCUCGGAUGUUUCUGGCCGAGCAGCCCAUCGAAGGUCCUGGAGAACCACGCAAGAACAUGCAUCCAAAGACAGACCCCAGCCCGGAAGAGAAGGCUCGCUGGUUGGCUCGGGCCAUCCGCAGGCAGACAGGUGACGUGAGGGAGCGUUGGGAGCGUCUGAGAGGCCACGCUGGAGGCUGGCAAAAUCAAGUGGAACAAGCCCUUGAGCGACUGCAGGAGCUUCAGAGCUCCAUGGACCAGCUGGAUCUGCGGCUGACCCAGGCCGAAGAGGCCAAGUCUAGCUGGCAGCCUGUGGGCGACCUGCUGAUCGACUCACUGCAAGACCACAUCGACAAGACGGUGGCCUUCAGAGAAGAGAUCACCCCAUUGCGUCAGGAUGUCCGGAUGGUAAAUGAGCUUUCUGCAGAACUGACACCACUGGACAUCCAGCUGUCCUCUACUGCCUCCAGACAACUGGACCAGCUCAACAUGAGAUGGAAACUACUACAGGUGGCAGUCGAAGACAGACUGAAGCUCCUCCAAGAAGCCCACCGAGACUUUGGCCCCUCCUCUCAACAUUUCUUAUCAACUUCUGUGCAGCUCCCCUGGCAACGAGCGGUUUCUCAAAACAAAGUGCCGUAUUACAUCAACCACCAGACACAAACAACAUGCUGGGACCAUCCCAAGAUGACGGAGCUCUACCAGUCACUAGCGGACUUGAACAACGUGAGAUUCUCAGCGUACCGCACUGCCAUGAAGAUCCGCCGCCUGCAGAAAGCGCUCUGCUUGGACCUGUUAGAGCUAAGCGUGGCCCAGAACACAUUUGCACAGCACAAACUGACCAACAACAACCAGCUUCUGUCCGUCCCUGAUGUCAUCAACUGUUUGACCUCCAUCUAUGACGGCCUAGAGCAGGAGCACAAAGACCUGGUCAACGUGCCGCUCUGCGUCGACAUGUGUCUCAACUGGCUGCUUAACGUCUACGACACUGGUCGCAGUGGGAAGAUCCGGGUCAUGUCCAUGAAGAUUGGAUUGCUGUCUCUCUGCAAGGGACACCUGGAGGAGAAAUACAAAUACCUCUUUAGUCAGGCGGCGUCAUCGGGGGACACGUGUGACCAGCGACAGCUCGGCCUCCUCCUCCACGAGGCCAUCCAGAUCCCCAAACAGCUCGGGGAGGUGGCCGCCUUUGGAGGUUCCAACAUUGAACCUAGCGUGCGGAGCUGUUUCCAACACGCGACCAACAAAGUAGAGUUGGACCCCAGGCAGUUUGUGGACUGGAUGCGCCUAGAGCCUCAGUCCAUGGUGUGGCUUCCUGUCCUGCACAGAGUUGCGGCCGCUGAGACGGCCAAACAUCAGGCCAAGUGUAACAUCUGCAAGGAGUGUCCUAUUGUCGGCUUCAGAUAUCGCAGUCUGAAGCAUUUUAACUACGACGUGUGUCAGAGCUGCUUCUUCUCUGGGCGCACCGCCAAAGGCCACAAGCUCAACUACCCCAUGGUGGAGUACUGCACACCGACAACAUCCGGCGAAGACAUGCGAGAUUUUACCAAAGUGCUGAAGAAUAAAUUCCGCUCGAAGAAGUACUUUACCAAGCACCCUAGAUUGGGUUAUUUACCUGUCCAAACUGUCCUAGAGGGAGACAACAUGGAAACUCCCGUCACGCUCAUCAGCAUGUGUCCGGAACAGUAUGAGCUGUCCCAGUCACCUCACUUCUCCCAUGAUGACACCCAUUCCCGGAUAGAGCAGUACGCCAGCAGGUUGGCUCAGAUGGAGAGGUCCAACGGCUCGCUGCCUACAGACAGCAGCUCAGCCACAGGGAGCAUCGAUGACGAGCACACUCUGAUCAUUCAGUAUUGUCAGACGCUGGGAGGGGAGGGCUCCCCCAACAGUCAGCCUCAGAGCCCUGCUCAGAUCCUGCAGGCUGUGGAGAGGGAGGAGCGUGGCGAACUGGAGCGGGUCAUAUCGCGCCUGGAGGAGGAGCAAAGGACGCUACAGCGGGAGUACGAGCAGCUCAAAGAGCAGCAACGAGGGCCCCCUGCCGGGAGCCCGUGGCAAUCAGAGAGCCCGUCCACCGCCCAUCCUGACGAGGCCGACCUGCUGGCCGAGGCCAAGCUGCUGCGGCAACACAAGGGACGGUUGGAGGCCCGCAUGCACAUCUUAGAGGACCACAACAAGCAGCUGGAGUCUCAACUGCAUCGCCUCAGGCAUCUCCUGCACCAGCCGGAGGUGGACAUGAGGCUAAAUGGAGUUUCUUCUCCUGCUGUGCAAGAUGGAGAAGCGCUUGCAGAGAACUCAGAUGAGCUGCUCGACCCUCACAACAGCAGCUCUGACCUGACCGAUGUCAUGGAGCAGAUUAACAACUCCUUCCCUGCAUGCAGUCGUGAUGUGAACAAAGAGCGACUCGGCCAUUCCACAACAAGCCCAUAAAUCCCAAAGACGCACAGGACAUGACAACUUGUCUCCUUACACCACCUUGUCGUCGUGUACUAUGCAACGCUUGUCCUUGAUUGGUUCAUUAUUGGCCCCUCCCACUUCUUUUGCUUUUCUAUGAAAAAUGUCCAAUACUAUUCUCUUGUCUUUUCUUUGGUGGGACUGGGAAUCAAACUGUUACAUUUCUUUUCUCAUUCCACUUUCUCUUUACUCAGAUUCAAACUCUGGUAGUCUGAGUUGAAGUUUGAGUACCUUCGAAAUGCG